CGGCGGUGCCAGCGGGAGCGUGCGGAGCUGCUGGAGCGCGGCUGCCGCCUCGCAGGCUUCAGUUGCAAGUGGAAAGCAGGACUUUGAUACGUGAUGGCCACCCACCAGCUGUUACAGACGAGGCAAAAGAAUAAAUCCUCCAAGGAACCAGUGUUGUUCCCCAGCAAAAUUACUACUGAGCAGCAGUCUGUGGUGCUGGUGAAAAAGCUUCUGGCUAUCUCAGUCUCCUGUAUAACAUACCUGAGAGGGUUAUUCCCAGAGAGUUCGUAUGGAACUCGCUAUUUAGAUGACCUCUGUCUAAAAAUUCUCCGAGAAGAUAAAAGCUGUCUGGGAUCAUUGCAGAUAGUCAAGUGGAUUCAGGGUUGUUUUGAUGCUUUGGAGAAGAAGUAUUUACACAUUGCUGUCCUAGCAAUUUACACCAAUCCCAAAGAACCGGAGACAGUGACUGAACUGUAUCAGUUCAAGUUCAAGUACAAAAAGGAUGGGCCCCAGAUGGACAUCAUCAGCAACAAAAUGAACUGCGUGAACAAGGUGUGCAGUGAGGAGGUUAAAAAAGCCAGCAGUCUCCUGAUCCGUAAACUGUACCUGUUAAUGCAAAACCUCAAGCCGCUGCCCAAUGACAUUAACCUGACUAUGAAACUCCUCUAUUACAAUGAUGUAACUCCUGAGGAUUACCAGCCGCCUGGCUUUAAGGAAGACAGCAGCUGCGGUAAUUUGCUCUUUGAUGGUGAUCCUGUCAACCUGAAAGUGGGGUCAGUCUCCACUGGAUUCCACCUCAUGAAAGUGAGAGUAACAACUGAAAAGAAGAGAAUAGGGACAGUUGAAAGCAGGCUGCUGCAGAAGAAUGGCCCUACGGAGAUCUCCCAUCRAGGAUUAGACUGUGAUGAAGAGGAAGAGGAGGGAAGCCCAAAGAAUAACCCUCUCCCAACCAGAGCAGAUUCAAGUGGGCAUGGAGAGGACAAAAAUGACAUGCAUCCAAGCUGGAAAACUGAAGCAUCUUCUUUUUGCCUUCGGGAUACAGGUGGAGAGGAGAGGACGAGAAUCAAAGAGACAAGCAAAACGUGUUGCUCAAGGGCAUCUCCACAGAUAAGCUGCCUGAACCUUGCGUUUAGCCAGGAAGAGGUAAUAGGACCCAAGAAGAAAAGGAAGGUCAGUGAACCAGAGAAGCUGCUUCUGGAAGGCAGGAAAUGAUGUUCGUUCUGACACACAAUACGUUUUAGAAGGUGUGAGUUCUUCUUAUUGUCAUCUCACUAGUAAAAGCCUUUACUCUGUUCUCAUGUUUAACUCUCCACGUUCCACAUGUAUUUUUGAAUAUUUGUCUAGUGUAAACUUUCGGUUGCAAGGAGACAACAAGCAAUGGUAUUUGUGACAAUGUAGAUAAACAGUAUUUCUUGUUCUAAAGCUGAGGAGCCAUGAUUCCAUAUGAAUGGUGUCUGUGUGCUUCCUUUUCUCUCUCACACACACACCAACACACAACCCACUGGCUGAAUUUGCUCCUYUGUGGCUGGACAGUCCUGGGCAGUCAUGAAUAUUAAUAGCAGCAUUUCAAGAUAAACUCUGAGGUAUCAAUGCCUACGAACAACCAGUCUCAUGAUUCUUUAGACAGUGCUUAACUUCAUCGUAUCUACUAU